ACUUGGUUUUGUAUUUUUUUAUUUGAAAAAAUUAAUGUGAAAAAUCAUCACCUAAAGAAUAUAAGAAGAAACUACUAUGGGAGAAUUAGGAUGUAGAAAGAAAAACACUGUAGUGGGAAUCAUUUAUUGCUUUAUAAUUGAUAACCUACAAUUAGCAAACCUCAAGUGAAAAUUAUGAAAAACACUGCUCCCCAUAAAGUUGGAAUAAACAUUUUUACCUCUUCUCAUGAAAUUGUAACAUUGUGAUUUGUGUAAUUGCAUGUAAUCAGUUUGCCUGGUCAAAGCUGAUUGCGGAUAUGUAUACAAAGGAACGAAAAAGGAAUGUGUCUGAAAACAAAAUUAUUCCAACUUUAUGAGCCAUAGUGUAUUUAAUAACAUAAAUGUUCAAUAUUGGCUGUCAUGUAUGUCAUUAUAUUUAACUUGUCAUGAAUAUUUAUUUCUAUCCCUCCAACAUUUCACCUUGGCCUCCAUUUUUUUCCAAGAUGAAAGCUGUCUUCAGUUAACUAUUAACAGAUAAAGUAUAUUAACCAGCCUUUUUCUUAUUCUGCUAAAAGAGAACCACAUCUAAAUAAGGCUUUCAGAGAGCAGACUGUCCAGUGUCAGACCUAAGUAUGGAUGUUAACACAAAAGUAACAGUGCAGAACAAAGAGGAGAAAUCUGUUGAAGUGGCUUCUCCUGCUCAGGAUGAAGCUGAAGGCUACGGAUCAUGUCUAAAGAUAAGGAAUCUUAUCCCUAUUGUCUACCGGAAUGAGCUGCUGCAACUCUUCAGACUGGCAGGACCAGUGGUCAUCUCCCAGUUGAUGAUCUUCAUGAUCAGUAUCAUCAGCACAGUGUUUUGUGGUCACCUUGGGAAAACUGAACUUGCAGCCGUAUCACUAGCAACUGCGGCAGUCAACGUGACUGGUAUUUGCAUUGGCACUGGUUUGACGUUCACUUGUGACACCCUAAUAUCACAGACAUAUGGAAGCGGUAACUUGAAGCGUGUAGGUGUAAUUCUGCAGAGAGGGAUUCUGAUUCUGCUGCUGGCAUGUUUCCCCUGCUGGGCAGUCCUUAUCAACACUGAAGCCCUCCUACUUGCUUUCAGACAGAGCCCAGAGGUCGCCAGCCUUUCUCAGCUGUAUGUGGAGAUCUUCAUGCCUGCACUACCAGCUGCUUUUAUGUUCCAACUGCAAUCAAGGUAUCUUCAGAACCAGGGAAUUAUAUGGCCUCAGGUUGUAACUGGAGUAACUGGAAAUAUCCUUAAUGCGAUCAUCAACUAUGUUUUGCUCUUUGUCCUGGACCUAGGCAUUGCUGGAUCUGCAACAGCUAAUGCUAUCUCCCAGUAUACACUGGCUGUGGUCUUAUACAUAUACAUCUGCCUGAGGGGUCUGCACAAGUCCACAUGGCAAGGUUGGUCACUGGACUGUCUGCAGGAGUGGGGGCCCUUCAUCCGACUGGCCAUCCCGAGUAUGCUCAUGCUUUGUCUGGAGUGGUGGGUAUUUGAGAUUGGAGGAUUCCUGGCUGGUGUGAUCAGUGAGACUGAAUUGGGAGCCCAGGCUAUAAUAUACCAGCUAACUGUUAUAGCUUACAUGAUUCCUAUGGCCAUAGGUACUGCUGCUACCAUACGGGUUGGAAAUGCUCUUGGUGCUGGAAACAUAGAGCAGGCCAAGCUAUCAUUCAAAGUUUCCUCUGUUUCUGAAUUUAUGAUUGCAUGCAUAGUGGGAACUUCUCUCACUGUUGCUAAAGAUAUCAUUGGAUACAUUUUCACCUCAGACCAAGAUGUUCUAGAAAGGUUCUCUGACGUCAUGGUUGUUUUUGUCUUCAUGCACCUUGGUGAUGCCAUGGCGGGUGUGACUGGAGGAGUUCUCAGAGGAGCAGGAAAACAGGCGAUUGGUGCUUCAAUUAAUCUGGUGGGACAUUACUUCAUUGGCUUUCCCAUUGGUGCGUCCUUGAUGUUUGCAGCAGAUAUGGGAAUUGUAGGGCUCUGGACAGGACUUACUAUUUGUGUGUUACUGCAGGCCACAUUUUUUAUUACAUAUUUGAGCAAAUUGAAUUGGAAGAAGGCUGCUGACGAGGCUCUUGUUCGAGCAGGGAUCCAGGUCCCACAAGGAAAAGAGAUGGCCAUGACAGAAACCACAGGUCAGUCUCAGAUCAGCAUCAUUACAUCCAGGUGUGAGAGCACUGAGGACCACACAUAUCAGGAGGUUCAAGACCAGAGUAAAUCUGCCACAACUACAGUGGGAGUGGUCCUGUCUGUAACUCAGCUGGUUUUACGCCGUGGCUUGACAUUGAUUGUCAUGAUCCUCAUCCUUGUUGCUGGAAUCAUUGUCAAUCAUUUUGUCACCAGGCUGCUGAAAUGAUUGUUAGUCGUAUGCUAUUUUAUAGUGUAAUAUCUUUCAUUUCUUCAUAUGAUAUAUUUAACACAUUCAGUUAGUAAUUCCUUAAGUUAUUGUACUUACGUAGAUAUUUUUCAUUUUUAGUCAAUAGUUGGAGUUAUACUGUGUUCUCAUCGGUUUUAUUUCAGUUCUCGGUUCUCUAUACAAUUAAUUGAAGCGCAAUGCCAGUCUUUGUAUUAUAUAGUCACACAAAAAUCUGUAAUUUAAUUUAAUAAAUGUGUGAAUGUGACAUCC